CCCAGUAUUCCCAACACAUACUCUGGGCACCAUAGAUGCUUGGGUCACGGACAAAGCAGGUCCUCGCAUACGGUCGGCGAGGUCAUCGCAUUGUGAACGUCUCCGACAGAAGGGACGAAGAUCAGCCAGUGGAUGAACCACGCGCGGUCUCUCCAGGCACAGCGCCCAUUCGCAAGAAAGUGCAACGAGAGAACGCGAUUAUCCUAUCACCUGCACGUCCCCGGGUACUGCGCAAACCGAAACGCUCUGGCAUUCUUGACACACCUAUCAAGGCAAAAUCUACAAGGGACCUCCCACUUAAGGUAGACACUGCGAAUCGUCAACCUCUUACGCCAGUGCGCCUCAAUGGCGUGUCCCCCGCUUCCAUAACCCGUACACUGGGUAAGAAGGGUAAGUCCUGUCGGCGCCUUUCCUUGAAAUCCCACUCGCCCCAAUUGGCUGUGGAUAUCAUUCUCUUGGACGAAGCAGGGAAGACAGUGUGUCAAGAGCGGCGGGUAUCGCACACUGACGUGCAAACCAACGUUACCCACAUAUCACGGCCGAAAACCUAUACCGGUAAAUGUAGAGACGCACAACCUAUCGUCGUCAGUGAUGAUAGCGAAACAGAAACGCCAAUGCCGCCAAAAAGGUCACGACGAGAUACACACCGGUUGAUAUCUUCAGAUAAGUCAGAAACCGAAUUCAAUGCCGGUGGUCGCGCCCGACGCGUCCGUCCAUUAAGCACCGAGAAAUCAAUACCACGGGUGGAAGUUGUUAUACCAUCUGCUCCCUAUAAGAUCGUGAACAUCCAAACCAAGACACCUCCCCCAGUUGCCUAUCAGACAGCGCCUCGACAGGUUCCACUACGUGAAGUGAAUCCGGUACCACUCACGCUAUUACCCCCUCCCACCGUGUCAAAACCCCGUCAACUCACACCGAUCCGACGCAGCUCGAAUAGGACAACCUUUGCGCAACAAUUCCUGACCCCUUCAACACCCACUGAGGUGGACCUAUCCCUGGAACUCGCGCAGCUUGACAUUUCGGACGUAGCCGCAGCCGAAGACCAGAGCUACUCACCACCAAACUACCUCCUACCUCUCUUGAACGAGUGUUCACAGACGUGCCCCCACGAGUUCUCGGCAUUCAUUGAGACCUUUCCAUUCGACCCUGUAGUGCAAUCUGUUGAUGCAGACGUCGAUGUCCAUUUCCGCAAGAUCGGAGAGGCAUCGUUUUCCGAAGUAUUUGGCAUUGGGGACGUUGUCCUCAAAGUUAUUCCAAUCCAAAACGAAGAUAAAUACUCAUGCCUAAUGGCCGAAACGCCUCCGUCUACCGACGCCAAAGAUGUACUAAAAGAGAUAAUCGUGACAAGGGCGAUGGGAGCGCUUUGCCGCGGCUUUGUGAAACUGCUGAAGACUUAUGUUGUUAGAGGAAAGUAUCCCACCUUGUUUCUGGAACUAUGGGAUGAAUACAACGAGAAAAAGGGCUCGGAAAGCGUUCGCCCAGAUUCCUUCGCCCUCGACCAGAUGUAUGCUAUCAUCGUAUUACCAAAUGGUGGGCCCGAUCUUGAGUCAUUUGUAUUCAAGAGUCCGUCGAAAUAUGGAUGGCAGCAGGCGUGCGGAGUGUUUUGGCAGGUUGCAAGGGCGCUCGCACAAGCGGAAGAUCUGGUACACUUUGAGCAUCGCGAUCUUCAUUGGGGACAAAUUCUCGUUAGGAGCGUUCCCGUCAAAAAAUCACAGAUCAGAGGAAAUAAAUAUUCGAUGGAUGAUACCCGCUUUGGUGUCAAGACUACCAUUAUUGAUCUUGGAUUGUCCAGAAUGGAUGCAAGUGAUCCUAGGGACCAAGUGACUUAUUGGACAUCGUUCGACGAUGACAUUUUCGAGGGGGAAGGGGACUAUCAAUAUGACAUAUACAGGAUGAUGGUGAAGUUGAACCGCGGUGGUUGGGACCGUUAUCAACCGUUCACCAACGUCAUGUGGCUUCAUUAUCUUGUGUUAAAGCUAUUGUAUUCCAAACGCUUGAGACCGCCCGGCACUAGAAAGAAGGCGGUUGGCGAAGGAAGAAUAGAGUCGCCCACGGGGUAUGACGAGCAAGAGUGUUAUGACUGUUUGGUGGAAGUGGAGAGGCUUUUAGGACAACACAUAAAUUUGAAAUUCAAGGUUCAAAAGGGUUCCCGGAAAACAGUCGCUCCGCUAACGAACCCGGAAUCAGCGCAGGACGUCGUUGCUUACGCGGAACAGCGAGGGUGGAUAUGAUAAUGAUGUUGAUGGUGCUUCUGUUGCGAGAAGAACCUGUGAUAUGUAUGACGUAGCUUGGGGUAUUUGGACCCACUGAUCGGAGCAACCCGUGUCGUCGUUGCUAUAGCCAUAUUGAGGCUGAGGCAAACGA